CUGUUUAAGGUACCAAAUGGCAAAUCUGCUUUGAACGGGCUAAAACGGCAAGCCGGGUCGUCAGAUUCAUCUUCAUCUUCCGACUCGGAUACUGCGAAGCCAGCUGCUAAAAAGCCAAUAGCAAAGGCAACUCCAGCAAAAACCAAUGUCAAGCCAGCAAUGACCCAGAAAAAGGAGUCUUCAUCAUCCAGCUCGGAUUCUGAUUCGGACGAGAAACCGCAGGCUAAACCUACAACGCCAGCAAAAGCUCCAGUGAAAGUUUCCGCUAUGUCUACAAAGAAAGCUUCUUCUUCUUCUUCUAGCGACUCUGAUUCUAGUGAAGAAGUUUCUAAGAAACCCGCUGCAAAACCUGCAGUGAAACCAGCAAUGACGACAGGUGCACAAAAGAAAGCUGCAUCAUCGUCAAGUGAUUCGGAUUCAGCUGAGGAGAAGGCUCCCGCA